AUGGCUGAGAUCAGUGCGCCCACCCUGCCGAAAGUGCAGGAGAGCGAACAGACAGAGUUAUGUACCGAGAAGUUACCGGUUCACUCGUCGUUGGACGAAAAACACGUCUCGGAUGAUGAAGCGUUAGUAGAUGACCCGGAAGUCUACACCGUUACUUUUCGAGCGUGUCUUGUUGGCGUCACAGUCGCCGUUUUUGCGGCCUCUGUUGCUCAGCUUGUAUGCUUCAUAUUUGGGUCUCUCCUCUCCAAGAUUCCGGGGCCAUCUUGGUUCAAUCCCGGACCUUUCAGUUCUAAAGAACUUGCAUUUGCAUCAAUAAUGGCGAUCUCGGCUGGCAUAGACGCAAUCGCUGUACAAAUGCUCGUCGCGCAGGAUUUAUAUUUCAAUCGACGGGUGCCAGCCAUAUUGGCGUUAGCAACGAUGAUGUCGAGUCAAUUGAUAGGCUAUGGAUGGGCAGGACUGCUGCGGCCACUUUUGAUCUAUCCCAAAAAAGCCGUCUAUCCAGAGAUGCUACCAUCGGUUGCCUUGCUCCGUUCCCUCGCGGGCAGAAGUGAGCUAUGCAAAAUCCAAGUGCGUUAUUUUAAGAAAGUGGUCCUUGCUAUCUCUCUAUAUGAAAUAUUUCCGAGUUAUAUUGCACCCGCGCUACAAGCGGUCAGCCCGUGGUGUUUGGCAUUACCACGCUCACCGAUCGUUACUCAGCUCUUUGGAGGAUCCCGAAUCAACGAGGGCAUGGGUCUUUUUGCGUUCACUUUCGAUUGGACGACCCUCGGAGGCUUUGGACCACUCUACACGCCAUUGGUAGCACAGAUAAACCAAUGGGUGGCAGUAUUGUGUUCCAUCUUUGUAUUCAUGGCCGCCUAUCGAUAUAACUGGUUCGGGGGAGGUGUCUCGCAGGGAUUUCCCUUCAUCGCCUAUGGUUUACUUGAUUCACAUGGCAACCCGUACAAUGUGACUGCAGCGAUAUGGCCAAACGGGACAGAAAACGUAGACGCAGUACGUCUGAUGGGGACACCAAGAAUGGCUACCACCGCUAUCAUAGGAAAAUCCUUCACUUGUAUGGGAGCCUCCGCAGCAUUCACUGGUUUAUUUCUCUACCACUGGAAAGAUCUCAAGUCUGUAAUAUUCAGGAGAGGUCAAGGUGGUUCGCAAGAGGACCCGCACCGUACAAUCACGAAGAAUUAUCGUCAAUUUCCGGCCUACGUUUCCGCAGGGUUUGUGCUUGCAGGCAGUGGUAUAUGGCUUAGCAUCAUGCAGCUCAAAUUGGGACAAUACCUCCUAUUGGCACCCAUGUCAGCCGUCCUAGCACAGCUGUUCGGUAGCAUUCUUGGCACGUUUGUAAAUUACGCUGUGGCAUGGUCACUCCUGAAGAACGAAAGAGAAGUUCUUCUUUCCACGAAUGGUAACGGAGUAUUCAGCGGUGUUCAUUUUCUUGGCUUUCAGUCACAAGCCGUAAGUCUCAUGUCUCAAUAUACUGCAGCUGGGGAGUAUUCACGCAAAGAUUAUAUAUGCCGGGAAAGCAAUAUAUGGAAACCAAGAGUCGGCUUCAACUACAUCAACAUCCCGAUUAUGGCCAACGGGUUCAGUGCAUUGACGGGAAGUGAGCAUCCAAGUAUUACCAAAGCUAACACAAGUACCGGUCGCUUAUCUCAAAUUGUGUCUUCUUCAGAUCUCUCUUCUGGCCAGAUGACGGCUGUGGCAGUGGGGCUAUGGUCACAGUUCUACAUGAAACGAUACCACCGAGGCUGGUUCGGUAGAUAUAAUGAUAUACUCAAUGCAGCGUUGAUGGGUGGGACUCAAAUUACGGUACUGCUAUUGGUCCUUUUCUUCCAAGGAGGCAUUGGCUGGAAAGUGCCAUUCCCCCAGUAA